AUGACGUCUACUUCAAGUCAAAUAUCAUACAAAUUAAAACAUCGUUCACCUGAAUAUAUAGCUGGUUUUCUUUCAUCAGCAACAAAUAUUAUUUUAACAUAUCCAGUUAAUAAAUUAAUAUUUCGACAACAAAUUUGUCGUCUUAAAACAAUUGAUGCUUAUCAACAAUUAAAACAUGAAGGUUUAAAUAUUUUAUAUCGUGGUAUACCAUUACCUUUAUUACAAAAAACUCUUUCAUUAAGUAUUAUGUUUGGUACAAAUUCACAUUAUUUACAUAUAUUUCAAUCAUUUUCAGAAAAAUAUCAUUGGUAUCAUCAACCACUUGCUUCUGCUCUUGCUGGUAGUACAGAAGCUAUUCUUACACCAUUAGAACGUACACAAGUUUUAUUACAAACACCUAAAUAUAAUAAUUUAAUUCGUAAUGCUACUCAUGCAUUUGUAUUUAUAUAUCAACAUUAUGGUAUUAUUGAAUAUUAUCGUGGUAUAACACUUAUAUUAAUACGUAAUAGUCUAUCGAAUGUGAUAUUUUUUGCUUGUCGAAAACCGAUUAAAGAUAUUUUACCGCGUACAUCAUCAAAUUUUCUACAUUCAAUAUAUGAUUUUCUAAGUGGUGGUUUAUUAGGUGCACUUUUAUCAACAUUUAUUUAUCCAAUAAAUGUUUUAAAAAAUAUUCAACAAUCUCAACUUGAUGGUAGAUAUGAUCGUCCAAUAAAUAUUUUCUAUACGAUUUAUAAACAACGUGGAAAUUCAUUGAAAGAAUUUUAUAUUGGUGCAAAAUGGAAUUUUGUACGAAGUCUUAUAUCAUGGGGAAUAAUUAAUAGUACAUAUGAAUAUUAUUUAACAGCGAUACAAAAAGCUAUUCUUCAUGAUGAUGAUUAA